ACAUAACAUUGAUUUAUGAUAGUCUGAUACUAUCUUAUUUAUUAAAACAAAAUUAUAGUUUUAAAUUAUAUACAUUUGUACAUUUAUUUCAAUAACCCAUCCGAGCUACGGUGUUGAGUUACAACAGGUUUUUAAACGGCCUGUUUAUAUUUACGGACUCCUGUGGGAAUUACACGCGAUCGGAUUACGCGGGGUUCGUUUACUACAAUCAGAUAUGUUUAUGAACGGAAUAUAGUUAAUAGUUGUUCAUCGCGGAUUGUAUCUGUUAUGUUUAGGUGUAUAUGCAUAAAAAAUCUUAAGAUAUGGCGUGCCUUUUUGCUCGAGUUUUAAGGAUAAGACCGUUAGGUCAAAUUGUUAUCAGCGGAUUUCAAGGUUGGACUAAAUCUGUAACGUAUUCCUCAUCGUUAUCGUCACGAAUGGCUUCAUCAUCAUCAUCAGCAGCAUCAAAGAUGGACAUCAGUGGGAUAUAUCCACCAAUUGUUACACCUUUCAAUGCUGACGAAACUAUUGCAUAUGACAAACUGCAACAGAAUAUGGAAAAAUGGAAUAAAAUUCCGUUUAGAGGUUAUGUGGUUCAGGGAUCAAACGGUGAAUAUGUGUUCCUUAGAGAGGAUGAGAGAAUAGAUCUCGUGCGCAGGGUGUCCGAAAUGGCGGGAAAAGAUAAACUUAUUAUAGCCGGUGCAGGCUGUGAAUCAACCAGAGAUACCAUCGCUAUGUGUGAGAAGAUGGCGAAAGUUGGAGCGCAGGCGGUACUUGUUGUGACGCCAUCUUACUACAAGUCGCUUAUGUCAAACGCUGCACUAAUCUCUCAUUAUACCAAGGUUGCGGAUGCAAGCCCAGUGCCUGUCAUUUUAUACAGUGUCCCGGGAAACACCGCGAUAGAUCUAGCACCGGAAGUAGUAAUUCAUCUCUCGUCACACCCAAAUAUAGCAGGAGUAAAAGAUAGCGGAGGUGAUAUUGCAAAGAUAGGGUACAUGGUACAUGCAACAAAGGGAAAUGAUUUCCAAGUUCUUUCUGGAUCUGCCAGCUUUUUACUGGCUUCAUAUACAUUAGGUGGCGUUGGUGGUGUUUUGGCUCUUGCUAACAUCUUAGGUGAGCAGUGUUGUGACGUAGAAAAACUCUUCAAGGCGGGAAAAAUGGAGGAAGCAAAGUUAUUACAACAUAGGUUAAUUGAUCCAAAUAUAAUGGUUAGUCAAAUAAAAGAUAAUUAUGUUCUAUUUUGCCAAGAU